AUGAAAAUUUUCCCUAAAAGUGUUACUGCAAUUGAUGGGGUCAUUGGUGUCAUUGAUCCGGAUGCGGACGACGUUGAUCUCGAUGUUCUGCUUGAAAAUUUAUUGUACCUCGAGGCUGAUGAGCGUCUUCGGCACGCAUUGCAAGGCAUAUCAAUGUGGCGUAUGAAAAUGGUGGUUUCAUAUCUGGGUCCGUUUGGUGGACGUUUGACCACCGGUGGAGGAAUUGGUGAGCAUGGUGGAGUCGGCAAGCUGGAGGCACUGAAAUGCCAAUUGACUACUGAAGACAGUCCUGAAGACAACUCCAGCACUGACGAGGAAAUAUAA